AUUGAUUUUAGCGCGGAGGAUAUAGAUGUCGCUACAAAAAUUAGUAUGUAGUAGUAAAUUUGGAAAAUUUAAAUUAGAUCUUUAAAAUAGAAUAGUAAUCUUAUAUCUCUUUAUUUUUUCGCACAACCAUCAUAUUAUAUUUAAAUUAUAGACGAACAUAAUUGUAAUGUCAAUACAUUAUAUGGAAUAUUGUAUAAUUAUAAUCUUGAAAUUAUUAAUACGUAUGCGAAUCUACUUACAUUGCUUAAUGUUUGCGUUAAGAAAUGAUGACAUUGCAAUGCGACUGAUUACAAAAUAAAAAUAACAUUACAGCUUAUUUGGAUCGAUACUUUUUUUCCAUUUUUAUCUGCACCCAAGAAUUAUAGAGUUUAAAGCGUUUCUAGAAAGAAUUGUGGCAUCAAUAAGCUUUACAAAUCUCGAAAAAUCUCGUUGCAAUGUUGGGUUCUAAUUUCGACAACUUCAGACAAAAUAAAUGCUAUCACAUAUAAUAAUACGAUGAAAACAGUUACGCAUUGUUUCAAAUUUCAAAGAAACAUGUGUAAAUGUUGAGAUUAUAUCUCUCUUUUAGUUUUAUUAGUUAGAAUAGAAUAAAACAAGUAACAUUUUCUGGGUAAUGUAAGAACAUAAUAAAAACGUUAACGGUGUUACGAUGCUUAUUAAUUAAAAACUGUUUAUACAACAGUAAUAUAAUAGUGCAACCAGAAACGAUUCAAAAGUAAUACAUUCAGUGUUGUAUUAUAAAUGGCCCUAUUAUUCACAAGCAUGUGGGAUUCUACAAUGUUUUUGAGCACCUUAACCCCAAAAUUUUAUGUUGCACUCACAGGAACGUCAUCUUUGAUUUCUGGAUUAAUUCUAAUUUUUGAAUGGUGGUAUUUUAGAAAAUAUGGCACGUCUUUUAUUGAACAAGUAUCUUUAAAUCAUAUUUCACCAUGGAUUGGUGGUGGUGACAGUGGAACAGAUGGCAAUAACUCAAGUCUAAAUGGUUCAAAUUCAAAUCAACAAAAUGUUCCAGAAUGUAAAGUUUGGCGUAAUCCAAUAAAUUUAUUUAGAGGGGCUGAAUAUCAAAGAUUUUAUUGGGCUACAAACAAAGAACCAUUAACAUAUUAUGAUAUGAAUUUGUCUGCUCAAGAUCAUCAAACAUUUUUUACCUGUGAAGGCGAUACAGGUAAAGCUGAGUAUGAAAUUAUGCAAACAGCUUGGAGAGAGCGAAAUCCAGUAGUUCGAAUAAAAGCUGCACACAGUGCCCUUGAGCGUAAUCCUGAUUGUGCUCCUGCAUAUAUUUUACUUGCUGAAGAAGAAGCUACUACUAUCGUAGAAGCAGAAAAAAUUUUAAAGCAAGCUUUAAAAGUAGCAGAGAACAAUUACAGAAAAUCUCAAAGUACUCAACAUCAAGGAGCUAUUGCAGAGGCUAUACACAGAAGAGAUACAAAUGUUUUAAUUUAUGUUAAACGAAGAUUAGCUAUGUGUGCAAGAAAAUUAGGGAAAUUAAAAGAAGCAGUAAAAAUGUUCAGAGAUCUGACAAAAGAAGUUCCACCAAUUAUGAAUGUGUUAAACAUUCAUGAAAAUUUAAUUGAAGCUUUAUUAGAAAUGCAAGCAUAUGCAGAUGUUCAAGCAGUAUUAGCAAAAUAUGAUGAUAUUAGUUUACCAAAAUCAGCAACUAUUUGUUAUACAGCUGCGCUAUUAAAAGCACGAGUAGUUGCUGAUAAAUUUUCAACAGAUAUUGCUAGUAAAAGAGGGUUAACUACUCCAGAAAUGAUAGCAGUUGAAGCUAUUCACAGAGCUGUUGAAUUUAAUCCUCAUGUACCUAAAUAUUUAUUAGAAAUGAAACCUUUAAUUUUGCCUCCAGAACAUGUAUUAAAAAGAGGGGAUUCUGAAGCAAUUGCUUAUGCAUUCUUCCAUCUUGCACAUUGGAAACAAAUGGAAGGUGCUCUUAAUUUAUUACACUGUACAUGGGAAGGUACUUUUAGAAUGUUACCUUAUCCUUUAGAAAGAGGACAUUUAUUUUAUCCAUAUCCAACAUGCACUGAAUGUGCAGAUCGUGAAUUGUUACCGUCAUUUCACGAUGUUAGCGUUUAUCCUAAAAAGGAAUUGCCCUUUUUUAUUUUGUUUACAGCAGGUCUGUGCUCCUUUACCGCGCUCUUAGCACUUUUAACACAUCAAUAUCCUGAUACUAUGGGUGUAGUUGCACGAUCAAUGCUUGUCUGGUUUUCUCAUCCAUUUUGUUAUAUUCUAGAUAAAUUAGAAGCAAUUUUACCUUCUAAUUUAUUACAACAACUUUCUAGAAUAUAAGAUAUUUUAAUGAUCUCUGUAAUCAUAAUGUAUUGUGAUAUUUAUGAUACUUAUGCUUUCAUUGUCAUAUUCAUCAAUUGUAGGAUAUGAAAUCAUGUGUAUUCUGUGAUGAAUUUUUAUUAUCGAUACGAUACAUUGACAAAUUACUAAUUGUAAAUUUUCGUUUUCCUUCUUAUAAUAAAUUAUACUCAGACUUUGUUUUAUAUCCUGUUUGUUUUAUAUCUUCACUAAAACAAUUAUUAUAAACAACUCAGCAUUAUUAAAUUUUAUCUACAUUUACAUUAUUUUAUUUAUAAAUAGUAUUUCUUGCAAUUUAAUACAAAUUAAAGAAUCAUAAAUAUUAUAUUUCUAAUACCAAAUAAAAUCACAUAUAUUAAAUAUUUAUACUAAUAUUAUACAUUAAUACAGUAGUACUAUGAAUGUCUAUAUCUAUGAUAAUAAAUAAAUACAUAUAUAACAAAAAUAAUAAAUAUUCUUGAGCUCUUUACAUCAUUCACUGCUGGUUGGAGUCUUAUUUUAUUUCUGUAUUCUGUAACCGGAACCGGAACCGGUAUCUGCAACCAGCCGUGACGGACCGUAAGUACAGAUUUUCGAAUUAUACAGAAUUUUUAAUUUUGUUAUCGUUAAUUGUAAAUUUUAGUUUUGUUAUAUUCUUGUAAAAAUAAAAGUACCGCUUCUUCAGGUCUUUUUUUUCACAGUUGGAGCUACCCAAGGUUGAUUUUAUAACUGAAUUACUGCUCAAGGUUUCUCAGUUGAUACUACGCAAGUUGAAUUCUGAAUCUUCGUUGUGCUCUGCGCAGGUUUCAUAAAGUGGUUGAUAGUUUGCAGACUAGAUAGGAAUCUGAGACGCACCACUGAGAGGUGCAAUAAAUGAA